UCUCUGACGUUCUCAUGCGACGGAAGUGGGAGGCACGUGACGUGGUGGGCAGUCAACAACAACAACAGUGAGCAGCGAAUGAGUUUUCCACAGUGGAGAGUGGAUUAAACCGUGAUUUGACGUGAAGUGGAGCAGCUGGAAGUGGCGACACGGAGCACCGAGUGUUCGUUUACUGUAGUUAGUUCACGGUGUUUAGUUUCCCCGUGUAGAAAAUGAGUGUUAAUAGAAAUGGACACCCAGCUUCAUACAGCGAGUACACCGCCGUGGACAGUGAAGACAGUGAAACUUCUCCUUUACUGUCAAAUACAUCAGGACAGACCAGGGACAAAGGAGCUUCCUUCACGUCCUCCGUGUUUAACCUGAUGAAUGCCAUCAUGGGCAGUGGUAUACUGGGUCUGGCUUAUGCCAUGGCAAGCACUGGUAUAUUUGGUUUCUGUAUUCUGUUGAUACUGGUGUCCAGCCUGGCAGCGUACUCUGUCCACCUCCUCCUGAAGCUAUGUGACCAAACAGGCAUCAAUUCAUAUGAAGAUCUUGGAGGGAAAGCCUUGCAAAAACCAGGAAAGUUUCUCGUUGGCAUCGCUAUUCUCGUUCAAAAUAUGGGCGCAAUGUCAUCCUAUCUGUUCAUCUUGAAGUCAGAGCUUCCUGCGGCCGUGAGCAGCUUCCUGGGCCCAGACAACACAGAAAACACCUGGUAUGAAGAUGGCCGAAUGCUUCUGAUCGUAGUCACAAUCUGCGUUGUUUUACCGUUGUCAAUAUUGCCAAAAAUUGGCUUCCUCGGAUACACCAGUAGCAUCGCUUUCUUCUUCAUGCUGUACUUCACAGUUGUGGUUGUGGUCAAGAAGUGGUCCAUCCCCUGCCCGCUGCCUCACAACGUGACUCUGCUUUCAGGAGCCUCCCAGGUAUCAAAUUCCACUGACUCAGAGUGUACGCCCAAACUCUUUGUCAUCUCCAGCGAGAGUGCCUACGCCAUCCCCACCAUGGCCUUCUCCUUUCUGUGCCACACCGCUAUCCUGCCCAUCUACUGUGAACUGGACCGGCCGACUAAGGCCCGGAUGCAGAACAUUACAAACGUCAGUAUCGGCUUAAGCUUCCUGCUUUACCUAAUUUCCGCGCUGUUUGGCUACCUCACCUUCUACGCUCAGGUGAACUCGGAGCUGUUGCUCGGCUACGACGCGUUCAUGCCGCGGGAUGUCAUGGUGAUGCUGGUCCGGCUGGCCAUCCUCCUCUCCGUGUUGCUGACCGUACCUCUGAUUCAUUUCCCUGCCCGUAAGGCUGUGAUCUUGCUGAUCCGCGGAAGUCGUCCUUUCUCCUGGCCGAUCCACAUCAUCACAACCCUAAGCAUCCUGGGCGUGGUGCUGAUCAUGGCCAUCUUUGUCCCCGAUAUCAGAAACGUGUUUGGAAUAGUGGGAUCAACAACAUCCACCUGCCUGAUGUUUAUUUUCCCGAGCAUCUUCUACCUCAAGAUUGGCACACAGACCCUCAGAUCCUUUGACUCCGUCGGGGCCAUACUGUUGAUCAUCUUUGGAGUCAUCAUGGGAGUCGCCAGCCUCUCUUUCAUCUUCAUGACGUGGGUAUAGAGCUCGUAACCCUCGGCCUCAAACUCAAGCACAUGAGCAGAGGAAAGAGAACUGAGUACUGGAGAGUAAAAAAAAAGAAAAAAAAAAGGGAACUGUUUGCGACUUAUCAGCAUUACCUCAAGCAAAAAUAUCUAUUGGACAAGUUGUUCUCGACAAUAGACGAGUGUUUUUGUACUUUUGAACUCAAAGACAUUAAGCAAACCAAGUGCACAUGGACCAAAAUAGACCAAAGGUGUUUUUUUUUAUGAUCUACUCACUAAUUUUUACAGGUCUCACACCCGAGUCAGGUUACUCUUUUUGUUUUUAAUCCGCCUGCACAAACUGUGGGUGAGGCUUUUGUCACUUUAAAUUCACUCCGUGUCCGUCGUGUUUUGUCUAUUUUCACCUUCUGACGACCGUCGUGUUGUUGUCUGUGGAUGAUCGUGCACCUCGUGUGUCAACCUGCCAUGUCUUUUUUACACAUUUUUGCACAACGUUAUUACUAAUUUACUUUCCCCCGAAAUGUAUCUGAUGAAAAUCAUUUUAUUGUUUUUGAAUGUUUCUUUUAUGCCUUCUAAUUUUAUCUUUUAAUCAGUGUAUUGAUUUGCCACAUCCAGAAGAUAUUAAGAGUAUUAGGGCCACAUGUGAAACAAGCUUUUGAAAGAAAGUUAAAAAAAAUAUAUAUAUAUAUUAUGAGAUUAAAAUCCUAAUUUCUGAGAUUAAAAUCCUAAUUUCUGAGAUUUAAGAUAUAAUUUCUGAGAUUACAAUCCUAAUUUCUGAGAUUAGUCAGAAUUCUGAGAUUAAAGUCGUAAUUCUGAGAUUCAAGUAAAUUCAGAAAAAGAAUUCUGGGAUUAAACUCAUAAUUUCUGAGAUUACAGUCAUAAUUUUGAGAUUAAAGUCAUAAUUCAGAAAGUUGUAAUUCUGAGAUUAAAGUCAGAAUUCUGAAAAAAAAAUCUAGAAACUCAUAAUGCUGAGAUUAAAGUCAGAAUUCAGGAAAAACAUUGAGAAAGUUGUAAUUCUGAGAUUAAAGUCAGAUAAAAAUCAUAAUUCAGGAAGUCAGAAAGCUGGAAUUCUGAGGAAGUGAAGAAGUCAUAACUCUGAAGAAUACCGAGUUUCUGAUUUUAAUCUCAGAAUUCAGACUUUAUACUCACAAUUCAUGUCAUUUUAUUUUUUACUUUCUUUCAAAUUGUUUUUUCUUACACGUGACACUCUUCCGUAGCCACACCGCUUAGAGUACAACUCUCAGGUUAAAAUGGUUCUACGUAUAAAAAAGUAUUUGAUACUAUUUUGGUUCUACGUAUAAUAUACUCCAUGUUGCUAUUAUUAUGUAAAAAUAAAGAAAUCAUUCGAGUGGCAUUAAAUAAAAGGGUAAUUGUU